CUUGUCGGAAAUAACCUCUGCUUUACUCGGGGUCUCGCUACAACUACACGACACGAUGGCCGGGCGGCUCUCUGGGAUACUCUCUGUCCUGGUCGUGCUCGGGGUGUCGCUUUUACACACAGGGGUGGAUGGUAACGAGGAGGUGGAGUUGAUCCGAGACCUGUUCAAAAGCUACGUCAAGCAUAUCCGACCCGUGGAGAAACCAGAGGAUAAAGUGCAGGUCCAGAUUAAACUCACCCUCACCAACCUCAUCUCCCUGAAUGAAAAGGAGGAGACUCUGACGACCAACGUGUGGAUUGAGAUUCAAUGGACUGAUUAUCGCCUCUCCUGGGACCCGACUAAAUAUUAUGGGAUAGAAAUUAUCCGUGUACCCUACCACACAGUGUGGCUCCCCGACAUUGUCCUUGAGAACAACAUCGACGGCAAGUUUGACGUGGCGUACUACGCCAACGUGUUGAUCUCCUCCAACGGCUGGAUGUACUGGCUGCCCCCGGCCAUCUACCGCAGCACCUGCGCAAUAGAGAUCACCUUCUUCCCCUUUGACUAUCAGAACUGCACCCUGGUGUUCAGGUCCCAAACGUACACGGCCAAUGAGCUAGAUAUUAUCCUGGCCAUCGCGGAAACCGGGGAGACUAUUGAAUGGGUGGACAUCGACCCUGAGGCCUUCACAGAGAACGGCGAGUGGGCCAUCGUGCAUCGGCCGGCCAGGAAGCGCAUCGACAAGCGCUACAGCCCCGAAGACCUGGAGUACCAGGAGAUCUACUACAACCUGAUCAUCAAGAGGAAGCCCCUCUUCUACAUCAUCAACGUCAUCCUGCCCUGCUCGCUCAUCUCCUCGCUGGUCGUCCUGGCCUACUUCCUGCCCGCUCAGGCCGGUGGACAGAAGCUGACGGUUUCCAUCUCUGUGCUGCUCGCCCAGACUGUCUUCCUCUUCCUCAUCCAGCAGAAGGUCCCAGAGACAUCGCUGUCCGUUCCCCUCAUUGGCAAGUAUAUUAUCUUCGUCAUGUGCGUCACCACACUCAUCGCGACCAACCAAAUCGUGGUGCUCAACUUUUCCCUGCGGAGUCCCAGCACUCACACCAUGUCCCAAACCAUCAAGCACGUUUUCCUAGAGCUCGUCCCCCGGUUCCUGGGCAUGGCCCCGCUGGUGGACGACGCGGAGGUGCAGGGGGAGGUGAACGGCGUGAGGGAGCGCAGACGGAGCUCUUUCGGCCUGAUGCAGCGGGCAGAGGAGUACGUGCUGAAGCAGCCGCGCAGCGAGAUGCUGUUCGACAAGCAGAAGGAGAGGCACGGCCUCACGCGCUCCUUCGAGGAACCUAUAGAUGUCAGCAGCACGGCUAACCUGUACAAAAGCUUGGCCAAAGCUGCGCCGGAGAUCAAACAAUGCGUGGACGCCUGCAACUUUAUCGCUGAGAGCAAAAGACAGCAGAACGACAUUGGAUCGGAAAUGGAGAGCUGGGUGCUGAUCGGCAAGAUGGUGGACAAGGUGUGCUUCUGGGUGGCCAUACUCCUCUUCAGUCUGGGCACGGUGGCCAUCUUCUUCACCGGCCACUUCAACAGUGUGCCAGAGUUUCCGUUUCCUGGACAAACCAAAAAAUUUGUACCGGGGGAAUCUUAAACACACAACCAGGACAGAACAUUCAGCACACUUUAAACCAUGCAAAUGGUGACCUCACCGGUGCCCUCUGUAGAGGCAGCUGGUCUCGAUACCUGGUCGCUCGGCCGUCCAUCCAAAGCCCAGCUGAGUCCGUGUACCAAGGUUUGUUUUGAUUCAUUUUUGUAUUCCCUUGUAACCAGUUCUGAGGGUUAAAAUGUCAGGGGUUGCGCAUGUGUGUUAGCACCUGGCGUGUCAUUGCCAGAGGUGCUCCUUUUGGAAACGAGGUUGCCUGAUAAGAGUCAUGGGCCUUACAGCAACCUAUUGGUACAGCCCAUCUCGACAGGGACUGUGGAGUCUGGUAAAAAGAAGUGCUAUUUUUCUAAAAUUUGUAUUCCAUUGUAUAGUAUUACACAUUAUACACACUAUAUCUGAUGGAGAUGUUUGGAUGUGUAUUAGUUGCCCCAUGAUCUUCUAGGUCUUCUAUGAUAACCAGUCAAAAAGGACACCAAGUGGGUGUAUAGGGAAUAAAGUAGUACAAUACUUGAUGAAGUAAAAAAGCUUUUUUUUAUUGAAAAUUUGCAAUAUGAGAUCAUCAUUUCCUAAAACCGACUAAUGUUUCAUUGGUCAGUUUUGUGGUUUAUUUUGUGUGAUGUUAUGUUUUAGCAGCAUAGAGUUGACUGAGCGAGUACUUGAAAUUGAAACAACUUUAAGCAACACAUUUAUAAAAAACAUAAUUUAUUUUAAGUGAACCUGAUGCUUUUGCAUGUAUACCUUUUG